CUCUUGCCAUUGAACUCGUUGAUAAGCUUCUUAGAGGUCACUGUGACCUGGUUUAUUUUACAUAAACAAAUACUAAAACGUCAGUGUCGUGCCGGUCACCGCGUUGCGCGGACGUGUUGAGUGUCGUGUCAUAAAGUUUCGUAAGAUUUGAAUAAUCGAGCGACACAUCACGAAACGAAACGAUAAUCUAGUCAUAUUUUUUUAUACAAAUUAAUAUAUAAAAAAAAAUGAAAUAAAUGUCAUUGUGUAUACAAUAGCGUCUAAUAAAACUUAGUGUACUUAGUGAAUUAAGUUUAGUUUUGUUUUUAUAUAGUUUGUUAUUUAUUGUAUAAAAAUGCAAAUUCUUAAUGCAAGGUUUGCCUUGCGGGCGACCGCGACGAACUUACACGCUUGGUGUUCACCGAGAAGCCGAACCGCAACUACAGACUCAAAAACCAUCGACUACAAACCAAUCAGAAGCGUUCUGGUUGCGAACAGAGGAGAGAUCGCCAUCAGAGUUUUCAGAGCAUGUACGGAAUUGGGGAUUCGGUCCGUCGCUAUUUACAGCGAACAGGACCGGCUACAGAUGCACAGACAGAAAGCCGACGAGUCGUACAUCGUUGGCAAGGGAUUACCUCCAGUCGAAGCAUACUUAAGCAUCCCUGAGAUCAUCAGGGUUGCCAAGGAGAAUGAUGUGGACGCUGUUCAUCCCGGAUAUGGCCUGCUAUCUGAAAGAUCGGAUUUCGCCGAUGCAGUCCUGAAAGCAGGCCUCCGAUUCAUUGGCCCGUCUCCAAAAGUCGUGCAACAGAUGGGAGAUAAGGUUGCUGCCAGAGCAGCCGCUAUUGAAGCCAAGGUACCCAUCGUUGCGGGAACGGACGGACCGAUAACAACAAAAGAAGAGGCGCUCGAAUUUUGUAAGCAGCACGGUCUUCCGGUCAUAUUCAAGGCGGCGUUCGGCGGCGGCGGGCGCGGCAUGCGCGUGGUGCGCGAGAUGAGCGAGGUGGCGUCGUCCUUCGAGCGGGCCUCCUCCGAGGCGCUCGGGGCCUUCGGCAACGGCUCCAUGUUCAUCGAGCGGUUCAUCGAGAGGCCGCGCCACAUCGAGGUGCAGCUGCUCGGUGACAAAGCUGGAAAUGUCGUGCAUCUCUACGAGCGAGACUGUUCCGUACAAAGGCGUCACCAGAAAGUUGUGGAAAUCGCACCAGCGCCAAGAUUGGACCCUGAGACCCGCAAGCGCAUGACGGACUGCGCGGUGCACCUGGCGCGCCACGUGGGCUACGAGAACGCCGGCACCGUGGAGUUCCUGCUGGACGACAAGGGGAACUUCUACUUCAUCGAGGUCAACGCUAGAUUACAGGUAGAACACACGAUCACCGAAGAAGUGACAGGUAUUGAUCUGGUCCAAUCACAAAUCCGCGUGGCUGAGGGGAUGACCCUUCCUGAAAUGGGUCUAACCCAAGACAAGAUCAAGGCCGAAGGUUUCGCAAUACAGUGCAGAGUCACCACUGAAGAUCCGGCCAACAACUUCCAACCCAGUACUGGGAGAAUUGAAGUAUUUAGGUCCGGAGAGGGUAUGGGUAUCCGUCUAGACUCUGCCUCCACGUACGCCGGUGCUAUCAUAUCUCCGUACUACGACUCUCUUCUUGUCAAGGUAAUCUCUCACGCACAAGACUUGGCGGCCUCGGCAGCUAAGAUGAACCGAGCGCUGCGUGAGUUCCGCAUCCGAGGCGUCAAAACCAAUAUACCGUUCUUGCUGAACGUGUUGGAGAACCAGAAGUUCUUGAACGGUGCUGUCGACACAUACUUCAUCGACGAGAAUCCCCAACUCUUCAUGUUCAAGGCGUCCCAGAACAGAGCUCAGAAGAUCUUAAACUAUUUGGGGCAAGUGUUGGUCAACGGUCCCGCCACGCCGCUGGCCACCAACAUCCCCCCCUCCGACGUGAAGCCGUACAUACCACCUGUGCCAUUGGUCCGCUCUGGUCAUGACCUUUCGCCUGAGGCAAUUAAAAUGCAAGAAAUGACUGGCGAAAACACAGCGGUGAAGCCCCCCAAGGGAUUCAAAGAAAUCCUCACCGAGGGCGGCCCGGAGGCGUUCGCCAAGGCCGUCCGCCAGAACAAGGGGCUGCUGCUGAUGGACACGACGUUCCGCGACGCGCACCAGUCGCUGCUGGCCACGCGCGUGCGCACUCACGACCUGCUGGCCGUGGCGCCCUACGUGGCGCACAACCUGCACAACCUCUACUCGCUGGAGAACUGGGGGGGCGCCACCUUCGACGUGGCGCUGCGGUUCCUGCACGAGUGUCCGUGGGAGCGGCUGGAGGACAUGCGCCGAAUGAUCCCCAACGUGCCCUUCCAGAUGUUGCUCCGCGGAGCGAACGCCGUCGGAUACACGAACUACCCGGAUAACGUCGUCUUUGAAUUCUGCGAUAUGGCUGUGAAAGCCGGCAUGGACAUAUUUAGAGUUUUCGAUUCACUGAAUUACUUGCCCAACUUGAUCCUCGGCAUGGAAGCGGCGGGCAAAGCCGGCGGAGUCGUCGAAGCCGCCAUCUCCUACACCGGGGACGUCUCAGACCCCAACAAAAAGAAAUACGACCUCAAGUAUUACUUGAACCUCGCCGACGAGCUCGUGAAGGCGGGAACGCACGUCCUCGGCAUCAAGGACAUGGCCGGGCUUCUCAAGCCCCAGGCCGCCGAGAUGCUGAUCUCGGCGAUCCGCGCCAAGCACCCGGCGGUGCCCAUCCACGUGCACACGCACGACACGUCGGGCGCGGGCGUGGCCGCCAUGUUGGCGUGCGCGCGCGCCGGCGCCGACGUGGUGGACGCCGCCGUGGACUCCAUGUCCGGCCUCACCAGCCAGCCCAGCCUGGGCGCGCUCGUCGCCUCGCUGCAGGGCACGCCGCUCGACACCGAUAUACCCCUUCAAACUGUCUCUGAAUAUUCCGCAUACUGGGAGCAAGCGAGAACAUUGUACGGACCGUUCGAAUGUACCGCGACCAUGAAGUCCGGAAAUGCUGAUGUAUACCUUAACGAGAUCCCCGGUGGACAGUACACCAAUUUGCAGUUCCAGGCAUUCUCUCUGGGAUUGGGAAGCCAGUUUGAAGAAGUUAAAAAGGCCUACAGGGAGGCCAACCUUCUCUUGGGUGAUAUCAUCAAGGUGACACCCUCAUCGAAGGUUGUCGGUGAUUUCGCACAGUUCAUGGUACAGAACAAACUGACAGCCUCAGAAAUAACAGCAAGAGCCGAGGAGUUAUCAUUCCCCAAAUCCGUCGUGGAAUUCUUCCAAGGUGCCAUUGGUAUACCAUACGGAGGAUUCCCCGAACCUUUAAGAUCAAAAAUCCUUAAAGACAUGCCGAGAAUAGAGGGACGUCCCGGACAAGAGCUACCGCCAUUAGACUUCACUAAAUUGAAACAGGAAUUACAAGAAAAUUACCCAGGGGUUACGGAUCAGGACGUGAUGUCUGCGGCGAUGUACCCGCAGGUCGCGAACGACUUCUUCCGUAUCCGAGACAAGUAUGGACCCGUCAAACAUCUCGACACCAAGACCUUCCUCGUCGGGCCCACGGUUGGUGAAACAAUUGAAGUGAAGAUCGAGCGAGGCAAGACCUUGGACAUUAAGACUCUCGCCAUCUCCGACGAGAUGACGGCGGCCGGAGAGCGGGAAGUGUUCUUUGAACUCAACGGACAGCUGAGAUCCGUGUUCAUAAGGGACGACCAAGCCAGCAAGGAAAUGAAAAUCCACCCCAAGGCUGUGAAGGGUGAUAAGAACCAAGUCGGUGCCCCCAUGCCCGGCACAGUUUUGACUAUUAAAGUUAAGGAAGGUGACAAGGUGGACAAAGGCCAGCCAAUCGCAGUGUUGUCAGCCAUGAAAAUGGAAAUGAUCGUUCAAGCACCACGAGCUGGUACCAUAGUCUCCGUGGCCAUCACGAACGGUCAGAAGCUGGAGGGAGACGACCUGAUCUGUACCAUAGAAUAAGUAUAACUAAGAUUCAGCUUCCUUUAAGUUCGUAUAUCACUUCCAAUCAGACUGCUAUUAUAAAGUUUUUACAAAUUUAUACAA